AAAAAAAGCAGCAGCAGGCAAGCCUGUGUCCUCCUAAUAGAGAGCAGUAUCUCAGUUCACUUAACUCCUGCCGUGCUGGCUGCAGCCCUGGUCCACUGCCUGCAGAAGCCUGGAGAUAAAUAAUGAAUAGCCUGAUUGUAAGACACGCGAUGUCGGUUGGAAGCCGAGCUGCCGGCUGCGCCCUGAGAGUGGGAUCAUGGCUCCCGCUUCUCCGAAACCCUCAAAGAGCCACAUGGGAGCUGGUCAGGGUAUGUCACUCUGGGUCCGUGGGUGUGCAUCCAACCAAGACACAGAACAUUAAGAAAAGGGGAUAUGACAUUACCAGAAACCCCUAUCUCAAUAAGGGAAUGGCAUUUACUAUUGAAGAAAGACUACAGCUUGGUAUUCACGGUCUCCUGCCACCUUGUUUCUUAAGUCAAGACGUACAAGCUCUACGUGUCAUGAGAAGUUAUGAAACCAAGUCUAGCGAUCUAGAUAAAUAUAUUAUCCUAAUGACCUUACAAGACAGGAAUGAGAAACUCUUCUAUCGUGUGCUGACUUCAGACAUUGAGCGGUUCAUGCCCAUCGUGUACACCCCCACCGUAGGCCUGGCGUGUCAGCAGUACGGCCUGGCUUUCCGGAGGCCGCGCGGCCUCUUCAUAACCAUCCAUGAUAAAGGUCAUAUCGCAACAAUGCUGAACUCCUGGCCAGAUGAAGACAUAAAGGCGAUCGUUGUGACGGAUGGCGAGCGUAUUCUGGGACUUGGGGACCUGGGCAGUUACGGAAUGGGCAUUCCGGUGGGCAAGCUGGCCCUCUAUACAGCCUGCGGGGGGGUACAUCCGCAGCAAUGUCUUCCUGUGUUACUGGAUGUUGGCACGGACAACGAGACCCUUCUGAAUGACCCCUUAUAUAUUGGAUUGAAGCACAAAAGAGUUCGUGGGAAGGAGUACGAUGACUUGAUUGAUGAGUUCAUGCAGGCUGUGACCAACAAAUAUGGGAUGAAUUGCUUGAUACAGUUUGAAGAUUUUGCCAAUUCCAAUGCCUUCCGUCUGCUGAACAAGUACCGCCACAAGUACUGCACCUUCAAUGACGAUAUUCAAGGGACGGCGUCGGUGGCUGUUGCCGGUAUCUUGGCUGCUCUCAGGAUCACAAACAACCGACUUUCCGACCAUAAAUUUGUUUUUCAAGGUGCUGGUGAGGCCGCCUUGGGAAUAGCGCAUCUCAUAAUCAUGGCUAUGGAAAAGGAAGGCACCUCGAGGAUGGAGGCUAUCAAGAAGAUCUGGCUGGUGGAUUCAAAGGGGCUUAUAGUAAAGGGCCGAGGAAACGUCAAUCAUGAGAAAGAGAUGUUCGCCCAGGACCACCCUCCUGUGAAAACCCUGGAAGAAGCUGUGGAGAUACUGAGACCUUCAGCAAUUAUCGGCGCUGCUGCUAUUGGUGGAGCAUUUACAGAAAAGAUACUGAAGUCUAUGGCAUCUUUCAAUGAACGACCAAUUAUAUUCGCACUGAGUAACCCGACCAGCAAGGCAGAGUGCACGGCGGAGCAGUGCUAUCAGCUGACAGAGGGCCGUGGGAUCUUCGCCAGUGGGAGCCCAUUCUCUAAGGUGACGCUUCCGAACAAUCAGACCUUCUACCCAGGGCAGGGGAAUAACGCCUACGUCUUCCCUGGGGUGGCCCUGGGGGUGAUAGCCUGUGGCGUCAGACACAUAUCGGAAGAAAUUUUCCUCACCACAGCAGAGGCCAUCGCUGAGGAAGUGACCCAAGAGCACCUAGCAGAGGGCAGACUGUAUCCCCCACUCAGCACCAUCAGAGAGGUGUCCCUCAAAAUCGCUGUGAAGAUCGUGGACUACGCUUACAAGAAUAACUUUGCCUCAUGGUAUCCAGAACCUCAGGACAAGUUGUCCUUCGUUAAAUCCCUGGUCUACAGCCCAGACUACGAUUCCUUCACCAUCGACAACUACAAGUGGCCUGAGCACGCCAUGCAGAUCCAAGACGUGUAGCUAGUCUCUGCUGCGGCGCUUGUACGGUGGCUCUGCUAAACACUCCAGGGGUGUGCGAGGACACAAAGACACUACUGCACAUGCAAGCUUCCUCGUGUGAGACUGCAACACUCCGUAAAGUAGACGCAACCUGAAAUGAUACUAAUGUAGCGCAAGUAGUACGUGGCCUGGCCACGCAACCACCCAAGAAACAAAUCAAUGCUCCAGUGACACCGUGGUGAUCUGUAGCCUGUAAUUAAUAGAAAAUCAAUCAUGCUGGUAGCAGCGACUGUAAAGGCAGUUAUCAUACUCGCUCCUUCUAUCAAGUUCACAAUGACUAACAACUCGUGAUACAGAGGCGACAGUGGGGGAAAUGCAUCAAACCUUGGAGAGAGAUAAAGAUCCAACCCAUCAGCUCCUGUCAUUUUUCAAACACAGCCUUUAAAAUUAGAAGCUGAUUGGCUGAUACUUUAUCUCUCUCCACUGUAUCUCUCUCCAAGGUUUGAUAUAUCUCCCCCAGUGCUUUGUUUGACGGUUGACAGGGUUCUUAUAACACAACAAUUGCUCCCCCGAUGCCAUACAAUUAUCAGAUGUAAAGUACUGUAUAUCCAUCGCUUACAGUAAGUGGAGGCAGCCGUAUUGUAGGCUUACCCAUAUCAUAAUAAUCCGGUCUGUCCAUUCACUAGACACCAGUGACAUACUGAGGCAUGAGGCAUGGAUGGGAGAGGUUAGGUUGGGCUAGAGCAGUAUUUGUGAGAAUGAGGCACACAGUGAUGUCACUAGUUCCAGUGUCUUUCCCCAGAAUAUUCCUCCUCUUGGUUCCCUGGUUCCAGUGUCUCUGAUACCCUGCAGGCUUACAGAUAUUGGCUCAUUAUGUAUAGGCCACAGGCACUGGUUAAUACAUGAGAAAUUGUAAUAAAACGUCCAUCACAUCCACUGUGAUCUUCCACCCAAAAACCCCACCGAACUGUAGACCUCACCUGACAUGAUGUCCUCCAUACUGAUACCAAAUGUAGCUCUGGGCAUUAUAUAAUAAAAGGAAAUGUGCCAGAGUUCUGAUAUAAA